UUUCCAUUCUUGUUACAAAGUGAGUAUAAUUUACAUGACUGUCUGUUAAUAAAUAUUUUGGUUAAACACGGAAAUCAUUCUGGACAUCGAUUAUUAGCCGGCUGCCCACGUCGGAACUAGCUUCAUUUAUAUUCGGCAACCAUGUAGCAGUAGAGUAUAGGACUUUACCGCUACAAUUUAGUCAAAAACUGCCUCAUCGGAACGCGAGUUGUUUAUUGGGAAGCAACAAGCUUCGAGGCUCGUUUUGGAAGAGGAACGCACGGGCCGCUGUCAGCUGUUUGUUUGGCAACCGGCGGCGGAGGAAACGGAUCGGCGAAGCGGCGGAGACCUUCUGCAAUCAAGCUCUGCAUCGACAGCUGCGAGUCCCACUGGAGAGCUACAGGGUCGCUACAGGGAGCCAAGCAGCGUUGAUCCCGUCCUACACCUGUGUGUAGCAUGGACGCAGCAGAGUUCCGGCGUCGAGGAAAGGAGAUGGUUGACUUUGUCGCCGACUAUUUGGAGAACCUGGAAGAGCGACCAGUCUAUCCAGAUGUGGAACCAGGAUAUCUCCAUACCUUGAUACCGACUGAGGCACCAGUGGAACCAGAGAGCUAUGAAGAUAUCAUCAAAGAUGUGGAACGAGUCAUAAUGCCAGGGAUCACCCACUGGCACAGUCCAUACUUCUAUGCCUACUUCCCUGCAGCGUCCUCUUAUCCUGCCAUGUUGGCAGACAUGCUCUCUGGAGCCAUCGGUUGCAUUGGAUUCUCUUGGGCGGCUAGCCCAGCUUGCACAGAGCUGGAGACAGUAAUGUUAGACUGGUUGGGGAAGAUGCUGCAGCUACCGGAGUCUUUUUUAGCUGGAACUAGUGGGCAUGGAGGAGGAGUCAUCCAGGGCACAGCCAGCGAGGCGACCCUCAUGUCUUUGCUCGCUGCCCGCUGUAAAGCCAUCCGUCGAGUCCAGUCCCUUAACCCGGAAAAGUCGGAGUCGGACAUUCUCUCCAAACUGGUGGCGUACACAUCAGAGCAAUCUCAUUCGUCAGUGGAGCGUGCCGGUCUGAUUGGAAGUGUGAUGAUGAGGAAAGUCCCGACAGACAGCACUUACGCCGUCACAGGUGAAACGCUGAGGAAGAUGGUGGAGAAGGACAAAGCAGCGGGACUCAUCCCUUUCUAUUUCUGUGCAACACUUGGCACGACUCCAUCGUGUGCGUUCGACCACAUCACUGAGCUGGGGCCCAUAUGUAAUAAGGAAAACAUGUGGAUGCAUAUUGACGCUGCGUAUGCUGGCAGUGCAUUUAUCUGUCCUGAAUUCCGUCCCCUGUUGAAUGGAGUUGAGUUUGCAGACUCUUUCAACAUGAACGCACACAAAUGGCUUUUAAUCAACUUUGACUGCUCUACCAUGUGGGUGAAGAAGAGACAGGACAUGAUUGGCGCCUUCAAGGUGGAACCACUUUACCUAAAACAUGAGAACCAGGAGUCAGGUUUGGUGACGGAUUACAGGCACUGGCAGAUUCCACUGGGCAGACGAUUCCGCGCGCUAAAAAUGUGGUUUGUCUUUCGUAUGUACGGACUCAAUGGACUACAAGCUCAUAUACGUAAGCAAGUGGUGCUGGCCAAGGAGUUUGAGAGUUUAGUACGAGCAGACAAGAGAUUUGAGAUCUGUGCUGAGGUCAUCAUGGGUCUGGUGUGCUUCAGACUGAAGGGCUCCAAUGAGCUGAACCAGAAGCUGCUGAAGAGGAUCACGAAGAACCGUGAGAUCCACUUGGUGCCUUGUCAUCUGUCCGGACGCUUCGUGCUGCGCUUGGCCAUUUGUGCGCGGCCCACCGAGUCUCGCCACAUCCAGCAGGCGUGGCGGCACAUCACACAGCUGACCUUUGAACUCCUGCAAGAUGGUUUUCAUUGAGUCCGAGGUAGUGAGGCUGACGUUGCAGAUACCACGCGUCAUAAAAGGAGCACCAAAAAGCAUGCGCAGGUUUAUUACAACCGUGAUUUUUUUUUUUUUUUGCUUCUUAUUUUUGAAUUUAUACACAAAGACGCACGCUCCUCGGUUUAUUUGCAAGUCAACCUCAAUUUAGCUUUAAUUUCCGAUUCAUGUGCGUUUAUUUAUUGCCUAUGCAGCUUCCGCCCUGUGUAUGGUUAUGGUGCAGGUGAACUUCAAAUGCAUUUGUUGUGGUCUUUAUGAAUGUAUUGCAAAUUGUGUAAGUGCCGCGUUGUUUUGGUUAACACCGAGAUUGACCCCAAAUAUAAAACAUUUCUUUUUUUGAGAACUGUUUCGGAAAAAAAGACAAAAUCAAAGACCUAACACCAUACAUAAAACCCAUUAAUCACCAUUAUCUUUUCAUUGUCAUACAUGGGGAGGACCUGAUAACAACUUUUAUCACUACCAAUAUUGGAGUCUUAAUUAAGAGCUGAUAUCAGCCAGAUACUUACAUUGUUUUAAAUACUAUUGUUUUUUUUAAUAGAAAAGGCUUGAUCAGGUGAAAUUAAUCAAACAGAACAAUUAUAGGUAUGAAAAACAAACAUGACAGAUUUUGCUGCCUCUAAAUUGAAGUGGAGUGCUAUUUUUCUUUUGGUAAUAUUUAGGUUUAGCUCAUGACACAAUAAGUUGAAUGAUGCUAAAGUUAAAGUUAAAGUCCCAACGAUUGUCACACACACACACGAGGUGUGGUGAAAUUACCCUCUGCAUUUGACCCAUCCCCUUGUUCACCACCCGGGAGGUGAGGGGAGCAGUGAGCAGCAGCGGUGGCCGCGCUCGGAAAUCAUUUGGUGAUUUAACCCCCGAUUCCAACCCUUGAUGCUGAGUGCCAAGCAGGGAGGUAAUGGGUCCCAUUUUUUGUAGUCUAUGGUAUGACUCAGCCGGGGUUUGAACUCACAACCUCCCAGUCUCAGGGCGAACACUUUAACCACAAGGCCACUGAGCUGGUCGACACCUAUUUUUCCGCCUUGAAGGCUUUGUAUCUCUAACAUGCGUUUAUAAUUAUUUGAUAUUUGUUUAUAUUGACAAAUGUACUGUUUUUCGGCUGCAGUAUUGUUUAUUAUGCAUGUCUAGCAUGUGUGCAAUUGUGUGCUUGGCUGUUGUGUAGCUGCUAGCUCCCAGUGGCCAAUACCCUACCAUGUUUAUCGACUUGACUAAAAUAUACUGCAAGAACAUAUUUUGCUGGCUGUCCAGCUUUUGCACAAGUAAACACACUGCAGGGCUACUUGUAUCGGAGAUUUUAGAUGCAAGCCGAUAUCAUCUGAUUUUUUUCCUUCUGAUAUUGGCUCAAUAUCGAUAUCGGAUUAAGACACUCCUAAUCAUAAUGCCUAGGGCUUAGGGUCUAAUACGAACCGUAACCUUGGUCUCUGUGUUGCGGCUGAAACUCUUGAGGGUGUGUGUGAGUGACAGGAAGAAAAGCGACGACUUGUUUGGCGCCACCUGUUGGUUUGCAUGCAUAGGUUUCGCGGACGCCGUUGUUGCUGUUACAAAUAAUGACUUCAGAAGUGUCUGUUCCCAGUGAAAGGUGGCACAUUACACUAGUAUCAACUCCACACACACAGCACUUCCUUAUUUUCGACCAAUUACACUCAUGUACGGUGCAUUCAGUGACAUUUAGUAAAAACUGACGUUUGUGAGCGUCAUGAGUCUUAGAUGUAGGAAAAAAAGUAACUCAAUGAUUACUUUCCUUCUGUAUUUAUUUACAUUUAUAAAGGAGUAAUUACCUUACUAGUUUAAUUACCUUUUUUGGGAAGUAAACUGGUAAAAUGUUAAUUUUGAAAUAGUCCAACACUGCUUGAGAAUGUAGGACCCAUUUCCCCCACUUUUUUCAUUGGAAAAAGAAUACUGUCUUAUAUUGGGGUCAAUGAGGUGUGUGUACAAUUGUAUGCACAACAUAAAUACUUGCACUGUGACUUGCUCGUGAGGGACACUACAUUUUUAAAAAGUUAAUUUAACUUUUUUAUGAGUAUGUAUACUGUGCAUUCAUUUGUCAACAGUUACAAGAUAAAUGAUGGAUAUUUGAUCAAAGGCAUUAUGCACAAUUGGACCAGUGUGGUCGCAGACGACAACCAAUCACGCUAAACGUAUUUGUAGUCAUAAUGUGAUCGUUCAAUCAACGAAAUGUGCAUUGCAGGUCAGAACUCAUAGUUUGAAGCCAAACAGCGUAAGGACCUGACCUUUGACCACUUUUGCAUAUUGAAUUGGUUAUCCUUCAACAUCAACUUGUGCUGGUUGAAACGUUGAAAGAUUUACUACAAAAAGAUUAACUUCAGGUCAAAUGCUAUAUUGUAUUCAUAUAUGAUCAUCUGGUGAUGUUAUAGUUUGCAUGUUGCUAAACAGAGAUUUGCUCUCAAUUGGCUCCACAGUAAACGUGGGAGCAACAACACUUGUCAUGUUGUGUCUAUGGAGGCGACAGUUGCAAUUCUUUGCGCUUUUCUCUCGCUAUAAACAGUAUGUGCUACUAUGUUUUUAUCAGAUUAAUAAAGUCUCCUGUUGUCAGCAAGGACCAGUUUUCUUGCCCUUCAUUAACACAGAAUACACACAUUAGAUUCACUUUAUAGAGUUUAAAAUUAAGUUUAGUCGACACUUUUAUAGUAGUUCAAUCCAUUCACACAUUUAACACGACAAACAGCCUAAAUAUGUCCAUUUAUUUUAGUAUGUUAACUUUAUUAUUUUGCAUAUACACUUAUUUCACAAGUAUUAGUGUUGCUCCCAAACAUGCACCUAAUUAAAUUACAAGGUUUAGUAGCAUCUUUCAGUAGUUGUUCAAGAUGUUUCGAUUCCUCGCAGGGUUAUGAGCUUAUCUCUAUUUUAAAAACAGCAUAGAGUACCUCAACUUACGAGCCUAAUUAGUUCUGUGACAAAUCUCUUAACUCAAAACAUUUGUAUCUAAACGUCUCCCUAUGAAAUGAAUAAAAUCUAUUUAAUUGUUGCUUGGCCUCCCCAAAACAGCUCAAUUUUAACAAGUAACAUGCUUUUAAAAAAUAAAUACACAUUUCUAACUAAUACAUAUUGGAUAAAAACAAUACAAUAGAAGGUACUACUAACAAUUUCAGUUGUCAUAAUAAGGUACAACAUUUACCUUAGAGAGUGUACUUCUACGGUAUCUCCUUUCAGCUGCUCCUCAAACACACCAUCUGCAGAUUUUCCAAAUGUGUAUACCGUAAUUUCCGGACUAUAAGCCGCUACUUUUUCCCCUCGUUCUGGUCCCUGCGGCUUAUACAAGGGUGCGGCUUAUUUACGGCCUGUUUUUCUCCGACACCGACGAAGAGGAUUUCGGUGGUUUUAGUACGCAGGAGGAAGACGAUGACACAAUGAUUAAAGACUGACUUUUCAUAUACCGGUAGGCUGGUUAUUUUGAUAACGUACAUGCGAGCACUUUGUAUUACUUUGCACCGUUGUAUUAUUUGUACUCUGCACGAAUGUUGUUCGCCAUGUCAAAGAUGUGAAAGUUUGAUUGAAUGAUUGAAAGAUUUAUAGUUAAUA